AUGGAUGACGACGAUGACUACUUCUCCGACGACUUCGACUCCCUGCCGCCGGGCACCCUGUACCAGCUGGAGCAGAGUGCCUACCAAGCCACCCAGGCCCAGCGUCAACACCAAUCGACGAGCCUGAAGCCCCCUCCACCCCUACACACGGGGUUAACGAACGAAUAUGGAACGCUGGAAGUGGGAGAGCUGGAGGCAGAGGUGUAUGAUAAUGUCGGUGCUGCGCAAGCCCGUCCUCCGGGUGGUGCCGUCGCAGCAGACGUCAGUGGAUGGGCGACCAGUGGUACCAUGGAGGGUAUCAUGGAGGACGCAAUGGAGCUGGAUGAUAAAUCAGGCGAUAUGCUUGCCUACGGGGAGCUCAAUGCGCGUCUAAAACAGCUGGCCCAGGAACGAGACCAGAUGAAGCGCGAUUUAGAAGACGCCAAAAGACAGGCAGAAACAAAAGCGGGAGAGAUAUCGAUUAUCCGGUCCAAGCAGGCGAAAAUGGUCCAGGAGUACGACCGACAGCUGGCGUUGCUUAGGAAAUCCAUGACUGAGGAGGCAGCCAAGCACAAGCGAGAGGUAGAUGCGGCCAUGACAGAAGGGAAAAUGCUGGCCACAGAGAACAUGUUCCUUCAACAUGACCUUGUCGACGAGACCUACCAAAUCAGGAACCACAAGGCAAAGCACAAGACCGAUGAGAAGGCGCCGCCUGUGACCCCCAAGAAGUCGCGGGUGCUUCCAUUCCGCGAUGGAUUCGAUGAUGAGGAGAUAGCAAUGGUAUCACCGAGCAAGUCCGCACGGUCUAAACGAGCUACGCCAUCGGUUCCUGGGAAGCGUAAACGACAGGCCAGUCAGGACAGUCCGGCGCCCCUCCAAUUGAUAUCCGCGGACGAGCCCAUGAUCGUCGAUGCCCCCGCCGAUAACCCUGAAAAAGUACCCGAAGUACGCGAGUCUGCCGAAGCAGAACGUUACAACCAUCGACUCGCGAAACGGCUCUUGAAUCACCGCAUGCUCCCGGGCCAGGAGACUGACAUCGAGGCAAUGGCUAAAAUGGCCUUCCCCACUGAGCCGACACGACCCAUGUCCAGCAUUUUUUUGGACGAAAUGGCCCGUUUAGAUACAGGCAACUACGUGGUAGAAUACGUGCAGUCGAUUACCAACCUAUGGCAGCAAGCGAUCAAGGAGCGGUUCUACAUGCCCGUGCCCCGAUUUGUGUCCAUCGCCCGAUUUAUUCUCAUGAUGGAUGAGACGCCCCUUCAAGAGUUGAUCACCUUCCUCGUGGGAGUCUUACAAGACUCCGUCGAGGUGAAUGCCGUGCCGCGAUUUCGAUACUCCCCAGCUGCAGCGCGGGAAAGGGCGCGCACACUGCGUCAGACCCCUCAAUCAGACCUGCAACCACAAGUUGACUCGACGGAGGCUCUGCGCCUUCUGUACCAUAUUGCCUGUGAGAUUUUGCACGUCAAAGCUGCUCUUGAAAGCUUCUGGCGAGAGAUACGCCACACAUUCAUUCUCGUGAUGCUACACGGGUCGCAGCCUCUCAGGGAUAUUGUUCUCAUCCUGAACCUGCUGUCGACCAGCAUCCGCCCUGAAUCCUUUGGCCCAAUCAUGUCGGACGAAGAAGGCCAGGCCGAUGUGCAGAAGUGGAUCGUCGACCGUCUGACAUUCAUGCUGAGCGAAUCGACGCAGCCAGAUGAAGGAGUCGACCCCUACACUCCGUUUGAUAUCUGCGCGAUGCGACUCGAGGUACUACAGCUCCUCGAGACGCUGGCCUUCAAUCCAGCGUUCCCCGCCCAGGAGCACGGCAGCGCGAUCAUUGCCGCGCACCCAAAUGCGCUAGCCCGCUUGUUCCGAUCGAUGCACGACGAGCUAGACGCUCUCUACUCGUCCCCACCGGAGCAGGAUUUACGUGUAGCGCUGGUCAACGGGCUGAUGCGGCUGAUCUUCGGGGUGACGCGGCGCCACGGGCCCUUUAUCAACAUGCAGGAGAAGCUGGCGUGUGUGCCCGGCAGCAAGCAGAAACAUCUUGUUGUGUUGACCCGGCUGGCGUUCUGUGACGGGUCGGUCCUCGAGGCUGGCAUUGACGAUGAGACUGUUGACAUGGCGCAUGAGCUGCUGGAGGAGUGGGCGAACCCUCAGGAGGCCGAGUCACUGGCGGAGGCGUUUCCCAGCUCUCGGCGAGAGUGA